UUUAUGUUUCCAGAUGUUUUGCCAACUUGGGUUCUUUCAUUGAAGUAAACGUAAACGUAUUUCAAUUGGAUUUUGCUUGUGAUAAAUUUGAAAUGGCAUCCGAUAUAGGAACCAUUGGAUCAGGUUCCCCUAAUCCGCUGAUUUCUUUAAAUAGUAAGAGGUGGAACAGUCUGCGUCACAUAUUGGAGCGACCGGGGCCAUUCUGCAAGGCUGAUUUUACAGCGUCAGCUGAAAAUUUGGAAAUUUUACAAAAUGUGCUUAAAAUUCUUGUUAUAGGUGCUGGUGGCCUUGGAUGUGAACUGCUCAAAGAUCUUGCGAUGAUGGGCUUUGGCAAUUUACACGUAAUCGAUAUGGAUACAAUUGAAUUGUCGAAUUUGAAUCGCCAAUUCCUGUUCAGACGUAAAGACCUCGGUUUAUCCAAGGCGGAGUGUGCAGCGCGUUUUAUAAACAAUCGUGUGCCUACCUGUCGUGUGACACCACAUUUCGCUAAAAUCCAAGAUUUUGACGAGGGUUUCUAUUCACAAUUUCACAUUAUUGUAUGUGGUUUAGAUUCGAUAGUUGCACGUCGUUGGAUAAAUGGCAUGCUUAUUUCCAUGCUGGAUUACAGUGAAGAUGGUAGCGUUGAUCCAUCUACUAUUACACCUUUGGUUGAUGGUGGCACUGAAGGUUUCAAAGGCAAUGCUCGUGUAAUCUUGCCUGGACUUACGUCUUGUAUUGAAUGUACGUUAGAUUUGUUCCCACCACAAGUGACAUAUCCAUUGUGCACCAUUGCCAACACACCACGCCUGCCAGAACAUUGCAUAGAGUAUGUCAAAAUAAUACAAUGGGAUAAGGAGAAUCCCUUUGGUGCACCAUUGGAUGGUGAUGAUCCUCAACAUAUUGCAUGGGUAUACGAACGUUCGCUAGAGCGUUCUAAUCAAUUUAAUAUAUCAGGAGUUACUUACAGGUUGGUGCAAGGCGUUAUCAAACACAUAAUUCCAGCUGUAGCCAGCACCAAUGCAGUUAUUGCCGCAGUUUGCGCCACUGAGGUUUUCAAAUUGGCAACGAGCUGCUACGAUAACAUGAAUAACUAUAUGAACUUCAACGACAUAGACGGCAUUUAUACCUACACUUACCCACCGGAAAAAAGCGAUACUUGUUUGGCUUGUAGUAAUGUACCGCAAGAUUUGAAUGUUGAUGACCCAAACACUACUACACUUGAUGACGUAAUUAAGAUACUCAGCGAUAGUCCACGUUUCCAAUUAAAAAGCCCAGGUUUAACUACAAUAUUUGAUGGCAAAAAUAAAACACUUUACAUGUCGACGGUGAAGAAUAUAGAGCAACAAACACGCAAACAUCUCACUAUGUCAUUAGCUGAGCUAGGGCUCGUUGACGGAGCCAGCAUCAUGGUCAGUGAUGUGAAUAUGCCAACCACGAUCACACUACAAUUAAAAUACAAUCCUAAUGAAGUGGAAAUGAAAUGAAUAACAAUGUCUUUUUUUUGUUUUUAUAAGAAAAUACAAACAAAAGGUUUUAUAUUAUCGUUAUUGUCGUAAUUAUGAUGUAAAAGAAUACGUUAGAUGACAUUAAAAUCAAUCAACUAUUGUAAUAA